UUUUAUUUUAAAACCUUAACUCGUUGAAUGGAGAUGGUUAAGAUUUCAUGAACAUUGAAAAUCGAAAGGGUAAAGGUUAUAUAAAGUUAACGGGGAAAAGAGACAAAAAUGGAGGAGGAAAGUAGAAUGUAAUGUUAAUUCCUAAAGGAAAUGGGUGUUAGGGGGAAACAGGAGCAAGUGCUGUUUGCGGCACUGGAGUCAUGGAAGGAGGUGCAGGAGUUGACCCAGCUUUUGGUCCAACUGGUCGUUUCUGGCCUCUCCCAGCACCCUCUCUUUGCCACCUUAGCCAUCAAGAAACUGUGUUCCAAUUCCCUCACUCUCCCACGCGCCACUUCCUUUUUCGACCAUCUCCACCAUCCCGAUGCGUUUCACUGCAACACCAUUAUCCGCGCCUACACUCGUAAGCCCGAUUUCCCUGAUGCUCUUAGCUUCUACUACCACAGAAUGCUCGCUCGUUCCGUCCUUCCUAACCACUACACUUUCCCCCUCUUGAUCAAACUUUGUACCGACAUUGGGUCGCUCCAAGAUGGGUUAAAGGGUCAUGCCCGGAUUAUUAAAUUCGGCUUCGGGUGUGAUUUGUUCGCUCGGAAUUCGCUGAUUCGGAUGUACUCUGUUUUCGGAAGAGUAACGUUUGCCCGCAUGCUGUUUAACGAAUGCUCUAGGUUGGAUUUGGUUAGUUAUAACUCCAUGGUUGAUGGAUAUGUGAAGAAUGGGGAAAUUGGUGCCGCUCGCCAGUUGUUUGAUGAAAUGCCUGAGAGGGAUAUUUUAAGUUGGAAUUGCAUGAUUGCGGGGUAUGGGGGAAUUGGGGAUUUGGAUACAGCUAAUGUGUUGUUUGAGACAAUGCCUGAGAGGGAUGUUGUUUCUUGGAAUUGCAUGAUUGAUGGGUGUGCCAAGGUUGGGAAUGUUUCUCUGGCUGUUGAGCUUUUCAAUCGGAUGCCUGCGUCUGUUAAGAAUGUGGUUUCCUGGAAUUCCAUGUUGGCGCUGCAUGCACGUGUGAAGAAUUAUGAUGAGUGUUUGAGGCUGUUUGGGAGAAUGAUGGAAGGAAGAGAGACAAUGCCGAAUGAGGCUACCUUAGUGAGUGUGCUCACGGCAUGUGCGAGUUUAGGGAGGCUUGGUAUGGGCAUGUGGGUUCAUUCUUUUAUCAGAAGUAACAACAUUAAGUCUGAUGUCUUGCUUUCAACAUGUCUGCUGACAAUGUAUGCAAAAUGCGGGGCUAUGGAUUUGGCCAGGGAUGUUUUUUAUGAGAUGCCGGUCAGAAGCGUUGUGUCAUGGAACUCUAUGAUCAUGGGCUAUGGAUUGCAUGGGAAUGGAGACAAAGCUCUUGAACUGUUCUUGGAGAUGGAGAAGGAAGGUAUGCAACCAAAUGAUGCCACUUUUAUCAGUGUGUUAUCUGCAUGUACGCAUGCCGGAAUGGUCAUGGAGGGUUGGUGGUACUUUGAUCUCAUGCGUCGAGUUUACGAAAUUGAGCCCAAGGUUGAACAUUAUGGUUGCAUGGUUGAUCUUCUGGCCAGAGCUGGUUUGGUGGAAAAUUCAGAAGAGCUGAUAAGGAAGGUGCCCUUGAAGGCUGGAUCUGCAAUAUGGGGAGCUCUACUGUCUGGUUGUACGAACCACUCUGACUCCGAGCUUGGAGAGAUUGUAGCUAAGAGACUUAUUGAGUUGGAGCCACAGGAUAUUGGCCCUUAUAUUUUGCUUUCAAAUAUGUAUGCUGCUCGAGGGAGAUGGAAUGACGUUGAACGUGUAAGAUUGAUGAUAAAAGAGAAGGGGUUGCAGAAAGAAGCAGCAUCCAGCUUGGUUCAUCUCGAAGACUUUGAAUCUAAAUAUUUUUUUAAGAAUAAUUCAGGCUAUAGGAAAAGAAUAAUGUACUCGAUGUUGAGUGAAAUAGGAACGCAGAUGAAAUUAUCCGUUGGGCACUCAAUUAAGGAAGACAAUUUCAUACCUUGAUAAAGAGCAGAGUCUCUAUUUCAAACACUACCGAGAGAGGAGCAUUACGAGUUAAGAAAUGAGACAUGUUAUGGAUAUCAAGGAAAAAGAUACCGUAACACAUAAUAGCAGAUGGCACUAAAAACGAUGAGUUGCGGGAUGGAGAUUCUACGAUGGGCCGGAUUGGUUCCAAUGAAGGCUUUUGGUCUCUGUAUUUUCUGGUAAAAGAUAAUUCAUUUAUUUGAUGAAGACCGGCAUACUCCUUGUCUUCUUGGAUGAUUAAGUGACGUUGAUAAAUAUCAAUCCAUAAAAUCCACAGCAGAGAAUAAAUAUUUGUAAGAUGGGUUGUGAAGAUGGGAUGCAUAAGAAUAUUUUAUCGACUUUGUUUCACAAGUGACAGUUCUUACUAGGCAAGAGUGUUGGGUCGUAUGGUGGUGCAUAUAUGAAAUAGAAAAUUAAGGAAAGCCAGUGGCAGGUCUAGGAUGAGAGAGUGAUAUAUCUCCAAUACAAGGAACACACCCACAUACAAAGAACAUUUAUAAACUACUUGUAUUUAUCUUGUAUCAAAGAUACAAACUAGGACUCAAGACUACGUCUUUACUAUUUCCUUAAGAUUGAUAUCUACAUCCAUAUCUUUCUGUUCAAA